AGUCUCCAACUGUAGUGGUGCACCAUGAAGCCGCUUUUGUUCUAAAUUAAAAUAUGGGCCAAAAGCAGACACAAAAGAGACUUUGGUGCAUAUAGACACGGCAGCAUCCACUUUCCUAUCCUACUAGCGAGGAAUCUCAAGGCACUGUCACGUUCUGGGCGUCAGUGGCUCUGGAGGUCACCUUUGUAAUUGGGCAAGAGACCUUUGAUCGCCGUAUCAUCCACUUAGCACAAAUGUAACGAGGGAAAUGACCAACCAAAUGACAAAAAACAGCAUUCAUGUGAUUGUCGUACAGAUGGUUUAAAGGUUUAAAGUCGACACUGGGCAACUGGGUGUGUUGGCUGUCUUGGAAUCGGUUUUCAUAAGGGAUUCACUGGAUUGUUACAAAGGAGCAGAACGUUACAUUAAAUAUAUCUCAUAUAAAGAAAUGAAUUUGUUAAAACUGUUAACAUAAGUGGUAAGGUCACAAAUAGUCAACAAUAUUCUUUAAACAGACUAUCCAACACAUCUAAAAAGGAGUAGGAAGAAGCAUAAGAUUAUCUUGUUUUUCUAGUUCUACCCCUUCUCUAUCUUUCAGUGAAACUGCUUGCUAAAAAUACCCAUUGGUAUGAACAACAGGUACAACACAUUUCCGUGUUAUACACACACCCUGUUAUGGUUUCUGACGGUUUAUGGACGAUUAUGGUUUCUUUUUUGUAACCACCACUGCCUGGUGGGAUAUCAUUAGCUCUGUUUUUAUUCAAAGAAACCUGUCAAAGGAAGGUUAAUGGAGGAUUACAAUGCAUCACAGUAUCAUCCACUUUGCACAAACAUAAGGAUGAACCUGAUUCAUCGAUUGUUGGAAUUCUCAUCAACCGGUGCCGACAGCACUCAUGCAGCAUCAGACCAUGAUGCUACCCCCACCAUGUUUAUCCUGGUCCUCCCAUGUGUUGAGUCACCUGGUCUCACCCUGGCCAGUAAAUUGCCUCCACGCAUGCUUACCUGGAUCCAGCAGUUGUGGAAAGGGUCGUAGGCCUCGACGGAAUCGAGCCUGCGGACGCCAUCGAACCCGCCCAGUGCAUACACUUUCCCCCUUUGGACUGCCAUCUUAUGUCUCCAGCGCCCGAUUGUCAGAGGCUCGACUCGCAUCCACUUGUCCAGCGCGCCGUUAUAUUUCCAGACAUCCUUCUGGGUCUCUUUACCUCCUGAUGAAGCAUGACAGAAAAAUGGCCGAUUUUUAGUCCCACGUGUUUCGCCUCAAAUAUAGACAAAAGUACUUGUCAACGACAGAAUGGGAAGAAGGAAGAAACUAGUUUAGUCUAUUUUCCGCUUUGACUCUUCUGAAAACGAAGUUACUAAAUGACGACAGAAGUAGUAUGUCCAAGAUCUAUCAAGUACUUACUUUGACCUGCGACCUUUUAUCCUAGCGAAUUAGAUAAUUAGACGUGUCGGUGUUGUGAGAACGUUACCGAAGCAUCCUCACCAGAUAUAUAAAGCUCGUUGCGAAAGGUGAUGCAAGCAAACUCCACCCAUUUCCUGUUCUGGGCCUCGUCCUCCAUAUCAGUUCCUGGUAGUCUGGCAACCUCCAAUCUGCUGCGUCUCAGCGGGUCCAAACACGUGACGGUGGGAAUGAAGCGGUCGUCGUUGGUGCAGCCUCCGAUGACGAGGAACACCUCUGAGAGGAAGUGGCGAACACGCGGUUUGGUUCGUUCUGACACCACCUUUAAAAAGUAUGAAAAACAUACUUUGGGUAUUAUAGAAAAUAUGACUGACCCUUGACCUUUUAAUCUCUCCAUGCUGACCUCCCGUCCGGAGAGGUGAAAGGAACGCGUCUCUUGCAGCAGAGGAAAGCUCUCACUGCAGCCGCGGAUCAAUUCGUCAGACUCCACUUUUUCCACAAAGUAUGCCGGGUCCAGCAACGGCAGCCGCACGUAAGACAGCAACCGGGCCAGUACUUGCCGCCGUCGAUCCUGCCGGGCCCUCACCCAACACAUCAGCGCCUCAAAAACGACCUCCUCGCAUUUCACGUCCAGAUCAUCCCUCUGCAGGAUGGUCUCCAAGGACUCCACCGCCACUUCCAGGAAGUCCUGCUGCUGGGCCACUUGGGAGAAGUGGGAGGCGAUGUAGUCCUGAGCUCUGGUCUGCAGAGUGGGAAGGGCGUGGGGUUCCGCAAGGUUGAGGAUCCCGAUGCAAGUUUCCGGUUGCAGGGAUUUGCUCAGCUCCAAGGGCAGACCUCCAUCCUCCCAGCGGUACUCGCUGCUCCUCUCAGCGCCCGGAUCAUCCGACGAGGGGCCCUCUGUCGUCCUUUCUAGCGACUCGCUCAUCUUUACCGGCUCUUCUUGGAACUCCUGAACGCCACUUCUCUCGGACAUUUUUCACACUUCCUGUUCCUGUGGUGGCAGCACAAGCCGCUUUGAUUACAUGUGACAUUAAGCACACACGCUCACAAACACACACCACAUAUACGUACUGUGUAUAUACCAUAUAUAUGUGUGUGUGUACUGUAUAUAUUCACCGAGGCAGAGUGGCGCACUUGACAAGCAGAUUCAGGAUGCUGCGCCUCCUUUCACACUUUUGGACUUGUUUGCUGUUCUGCGUGGGCUAUGGUUUGCACUGUGGAGAUGCCCGCGUCCUGACUGAGGUCCAGGCCGGUCCUCUGUAUCGCAUGGCGGGCUCCCGUCUCUCCAUCUCCUGCAACGUGAGCGGCUUCAUCGACGUCAACUCUCGAAAGGAGUUUGAAUUCCGUGUGACCAAGCCUCCCAAGGCCAAAGUCCUCAACAUCAUCAGUACCGCAGACGAAGACUUUGGCUACAACAUGUACCGUGUGAGAGGUGACGACAUCACCGUGACGCGCGUGUCGCCCAACUCCGUCCUCUUUGAGAUACAAAGUCUUCGGAAAGACGACGAAGGGGAGUACGAAUGUGCUGUCAUCAACUCGGAAAAGAUUUACAGUGGAACGUACAGUGCAGCAGCUCUUGUUAAAGUGAUUGACAACUCCUUAAGUGUUUCAUCACCUGACUCCACCUCGCUGAGUUUUAACGAGGGUGAAUCUCUCGCUCUAACAUGCCGAGCCUCCAGCAACACCAUCCAGCACACCCAUCUGUCCGUAGCCUGGUAUCUCCACAAGGACGGCGAGGACAACGCGCGGCUCAUCCUGUCCCUGGAGAGAGACUUCACGUUAAGAUCCGGCCACGAGUUCCAAGGGCGCUACCAAGCCGGACUCAUCAGGUUGGAUAAACUCGGCGAGGCCGCUUACAGGCUGACGGUGGAUCGGCUGGAGGUGGCAGACCGAGGCCGGGUCUACUGCCAGGCCCAAGAGUGGAUCCAGGAUCCUGACCUCUCCUGGUACUCGCUCACACGGAUGACUACAAGGGAGAUGUCACUGGAUGUUCAAGGAAAAGCAGACUUGGUGCCAGACGGGACGUCUGUGGUGGUGAGAUUGUCAGUGCAGCAGACAUCUCUGCAAGAAGGGCAGAAGCUCCUCCUAACCUGCAGCGUUGACACGCAGAAGCUCGAGGAAAAGUUUUUCUCUGUAGCUUGGCUCCAGGCUGGGGUCGAGCUGGCCCGAAUCGGUCCCACAGGGGUUCUGUCUGUGAAAUCUGAUUACAGUCAACGAGAGAAACAAGGAGAGCUCAGGGCCAGCAGGAUCGGGGACAGAGAAUACCGUCUGGUAUUGCAGUCCGUUACCGCUGACGACCAGGGAGGGUACAUCUGCAGAGCGUGGCCCCAAGAAAGAGGCCAGCAUGGCGCCUUUGUGCAAGGAGCUGCCCAAGACUCCGCCGUUCAGCUAGUUAGCGUAUCUGCUCCAGCUAGUGGACUCUCGGUUGACAUGCAAAACAGCGUACACGUCAACGAAGGCGGCAAGAUGACGCUAAACUGCACAGUUCACGGGGUCAAAAGUCAUCUCUCCGUCGCCUGGCAGCGCAAAGUAACGUCGACGGCCGCGUUCACCAGCGUCGCCAGUCUAAGUCAGGAAGGUGUCAUGGAGACGGCGGCGGAGAUCACCAAUCAAGUAAGACUGACGCGUCCUGCAGCCGACGUCUUCAUCCUGGAGCUGGAUGAGGUGUCGCUCGCUGAUUCGGGUGCGUACCAGUGCGUGGUGUCUGAAUGGAACGGCCACAACAAGACUAACAGCCAAUCACAGACGGCCAUGCUGACGGUGGCGCCGACAGAAUCUUUGGUGGCCGUUCGACUGAUCAGUCGCAGCAACAUGGUGACCAUUGGAGACAACGUAGAGUUGAUGUGUCGUGUCAAAGGGCCGCGUAUCCCCGUAACGCUCACCUGGAUCCUGCAACGCGGCCCCUCGGCCAGAGACAACAUCCUGACGCUGUACUCCGACGGUGCGAUCAGCUGGUCCGGCGAGCAGCACCGCUACCAGCUGAGGAUUGAGAACACACCCACUGAGAGGAUUUACUUUCUGCUCAUCAACGGCGCCAGCCACAGCGAGGCAGGAAGUUACCAGUGUCAGGUGUCCGUCUUCCAGAACAAUGUGUACAAGAAGCUGCCGCCAUCCAAUCCCACAGCGGUCAUGGUGCAGAACCCAGAGAGUGACCUCACCCUGACCUCCAGUCCUGCACUGACAACAAAGAUCAACAGCGACAUAAGCAUAAAGUGCUCGGUUAAUUCGUCUCGCUCUGGAUCUUCUCGCCAUGCCGUCACCUGGAUUCUACAGAAUCAGAUCCAAAACAUCACCAUUGCAAACUCCGAUCGGGAUUCCUCAGUAACCUUUGGACCCACGGUGGAGGAAGUCCACAGCCAGCGGAUCAGCAUCCAACAAACUAAGGGUCCUAGUUUCCAGUUGACCAUUCGGAAUGCUCUGACCUCAGACCAAGGUACUUACGUCUGCGAGGUCGUGGAGUGGCUGCAAGAUCCUAGCGGCAAAUGGUACCACCUCACCCCGGUCUCCGGAACCACACGGCUGACACUCAUUGAGCCUGUCAAUGAUCUCCUUGUGGAUCCCACACGGAAGUGGGUCACCGCAAGGGAAGGAGACGAGGUGCAGCUCAAGUGUGACCUGAUUUCAGACGCACCCAGUCCUUCCGUUUUCUACAAAAUCACUUGGUUCUACACCAGUCGUGGUUCUCCGGCGGUGAAUUCCCUUUUGCAGAUGGAUCACACGGGCUUGUUGCGGUAUCCAAAGAACCAAGGCCUCCACGGCCUGCAGGGGAGGCUCCGGCUAUCCAGACCCGAUCCGAGAACCUUUGGUCUAACCAUUCAAAAGGUCCAUGAGGAAGAUAGUGGGACAUAUCGGUGUCUGGUGGAGCAAUACCAGCUUGGACAGGAAGGUCACUGGCAGCAGAAGGCUUCAGUCGACGGCGGUCCGAUUAUGUUGUCUCUAAAUAUGACAGAAAACAAUCUGUCCAUCACAAGGACGGAGUUGAACUUGAACUCCAGCACACGGCAGAAUUUCACCAUCCCUUGUCACAUCGCCACCCGGUCCAGCCCGGAGUCCAAGUUCCAAGUCACCUGGUUUUGGCAGGAGAAGAACCAAAGCGAACGCCGCCCUCUCUUCACAUGUUACCGCAACGCCACCUUACACGAUCGGUCGGGGUGGGGUCAGCGACUUCGAUUCGGCCACGCUUUGCCCGACCGUUUCGACCUGACCGUGUCAAACCCGACUCUUCAGCAUGCCGGACUUUAUUCCUGCGAGGUGGAGGAGUGGAUUCUCACUCUCUCAAACCACUGGAGGAAGGUGGCGGUGGAAAAUUCCGGCUAUUCGAUUGUUAGCAUCUAUUCACAAGGGGAGAAGAGCGCCGUCUCUGGGUACAGUUCGGGUAUUUGGAUCGCGGUUCUUGUGGCCAUUUUGCUCUGCUUAUCGCUGGUCAUACUUGCGUUGGCGCUAAAACUGAAGCGAGCCAAGACAUCGGAGAAGACGGCAGGUGAGUCUCUGUGGAUGGAACAACAUCACCUGAAGACGAAAUUCAAUACAGAGGACUGAGAAGUCCGAUGCUAGCAGACUGGAAUGGAAUCGUUGCUAACUAACGUUGCUAACUAAAUCUAUCAAAAUAUAAUCUGUGCGGUAAAAUAUAACAUUUCUGUCAUAAGAUUUGGAUUACUGUGUAGUAUUAUUUGGGACCCAUUAUGCUCACUUAUUUCGUUGUGGACUCCUAUAGAGGAGCUACACACAAUAACAAGCACGGAAAGCUUUCCAGAUCUUCCAGAAUCUGCACCUAUUCCAGCUGUAUUUCGUUAGAUUUCGUGUUUUCUGCAAAACGGUCUGUUUUAAUGUAUUCCACCCACGGCCCGCCUCCAAGCACGCCCACUCCACUGUGGUUGGUCAUACUCCCGAGCGCUUAGAAGGACUUCCGGUGUUGGGAACCCAACUUUAUUCAUUCAUUCAUUUUCUACCGCUUAUCCUCAUGAGGGGGUGCUGGAGCCUAUCCCAGCUGUCUUCAGGCGGGAGGCGGGGUACGCCUUGGGCACAUAUAGACAAACAACCAUUCACACUCACAUUCAUACCUAUGGACAAUUUGGAGUGGCUAAUUAACCUAGCAUGUUUUUGGAAUGUGGGAGGAAACCGGAGUACCCGGAGAAAACCCACGCUUGCACGAACAUGCAAACUCCACACAGAGAUGGCCGAGGGUGGAAUUGAACCCGGGUCUCCUAGCUGUGAGGUCUGCGCGCUAACCACAUGACCGCCGUUUGCUGUACUACCAAUGUUUAAAAAAACUCGGGUAGCGCUGAUUGUUGUGGGAAAAGGCUCUUAGCAACCUUGCUCUUUGUAUGCACACUCUAUAAUGCUACACAGACAAGCGCUUUUGCUCCAUGACUUAGCCAAAAUAAACACAGUUAGGACAAUUGAUAAACUCUUACUUCCUGCUUGCUCUUCUGACUCUUAAACAUGACGAAAAACGUUGGAAAGUGGGCUAGUCCAGCUGCAUCCUGGCCCAUGUUCACUAAACAGUCCAGUGUGAAAUGCCGUCGACAGAUUUUCUUUUGCUGGUCUGGAAUCAGGAACUCCAACCGUUCAGAUUUUAAACAAAUGUAGCUUUCCCUCAGACCCAAAGAAACACUUUGAACGAGCCGCUGUUAACAAUAAAGUAAACACAGACGCAAGCAUGGGGGAGGGUCCGGCUCAUCUGUGACAUCACAAACGUCCAGCUUUAUCACGCCCUCUGAAACCAAGCAUUUUCAACCAUCCCAAACUUCUUUCAGGACUUACAUCGAAAUGCACAAAAACCUAAUUAUCUCCAACUUAUCUCCAACCGUUUAACAUUUAUCGUUGAGAAAAAGUGUAAAAAGUCCACCAAAAGAGUAAUAUGUUUGCGCGUUGACCAUCAAGCCAACACCUACAUGAUUGGUCAAAGUGUGUCAGGUUUGGAGGAGCGGCCGCGGUCCAACAUGAAAAGUUGCCUCGCACCAAAAGGCGCCUCGUCAAGCAGGAAAUGUGCGAACGCGAGAGGACUGUGGGGUCUGCCGCCGCAGCGAGGUGUUGCGUGACUCAUGUUUGUGCAGAUAGCGCCGCAACGCGGGUCACGUGACCCCUUAAAGAGGUUUACUUUGGAAGAGAAGAGCUGCCAUUUACUGUAUGUGCUUUUUCACACCGCAUAUGUGUGUGUGUGUGUGUGUUGUUUCCUUCCCAUGGCCGUCUCUGCUAUGCUAUGCUAUGCUAUGCUAUGCUAUGCAGCACUCUGAAAUGCGUCUGAAAUGAAAGAAGAAACGUGAGAUUAAAUGGCCGCCUGAAGGAUUUCCACUUGGGUAAACAAUCUUAGCCACUUCAUAGGACGCCCUCAAACGGUGGCACGGCACAGCGGGUCAUUUAUGAAAAUGAAAGCGCAAAAGGACGUUUAAUGGACAUUUCAUUUGCUUUGCAUCCUUUUUCAAGUAUUUACUGUAUAAUCCUUUAUGGGAUUAUCCUUUAGAAGAACAUUUUAACAUUCAUUCAACAUUUCAC